UCUGAGAAAGGCUGUAAGCACUGGGGGUGUGUUUGGACAAGGCGGUGACUCUUUCCUUGCGGGGCCCUGGAGUAGUGGGGCGGGCAGGGCGCGAUCGAGGCGACCUCGCCUCGUAUAGACGGGACAAAUCGGUUUACAGCCGGGGAGUUCCUCUCCUGCCUGCCUCAAGUUUACCUCCUCACUUCCUGAGACCCGGGGCAGUGAGUCCCUCCGUGCCCCGGGGCAUCCGGAAGCAGUUAGAGCUGCCUAGUGUGCAAUAGGGCAGCCGGGGGCAUCACGCAGGGAUGUGGAGCAGGGUCGCCUUCCUGAACCCAUUUCAAACUGGGUCCUCUCUUGUUAUCCGCUUGGCAAGAGCUGAAUAUCCCUUUGGCCAGCUAAUCGGCAUGUGCGGAAGUGGCCGGGCGGGUUGGAGCGCCGCCCGGCCUGGGGGUGGAGCUCCCGGGUAGUGGGGACGGCUCGGCGGCGAGGCCGGCCUGCGGCGCCAUUUCGCCGGGCUGCUCGCGUGCUUAAGCUCAGCGUCAGGUCUGAGCUGCAGUUUUAGUGACGGGCAGGGGAUGGGACCCAACUUGGGAGUCCUGACUCCCCCGAGAGCUGAAUGCUCUUGCAGGGUUUUCUCUGAUUCUCUUCCCGUCAGAAAGAAGCCAGACACGGUGAGACCCUGUCUAUGUACGCUUUGGCAAGUGUUUGGUAAUCGCUUGCAACCAAAAUGAUGGUGCAAACUGUGGUGGUGGCCCAGCCCUGGGGAGGCAGAGGCAGGCGGAUCCGUGCGAGUUCAAGACCAGCAUGACCUACUGGGCUAUGUCUCAGUCAGGACAACACAGAGAAUUCCUGUCUGAAAGGCAAAGCAAGAACGUUCUAGGAAUGAAGACUCCCCAGCACCACACCACUCCUACCCCAAAAGGCUGUCUGACCCACUCUCCUCCCCACCAUCAGCACCAGAUCCCUUCGGCAUGCUGCCUGCCUGGCCGCUCCCUGGCUCGGCUGACCCACGUUUCCUUCCUAACCCCUCCAAUGCUGGAACCAGCGGAGAGGCGGAGGUCGCAGCCACCUCCCGCUCGCUCUCUAACGUCUUCCCGCCGUAGUCUGGGGCGGGCGAACGAGGCGGGAGGAAGAGUCUUUUCUCCUGGGGACGGCGGCGGCGAGCACCAACGGCGGCCACCAGAGGGCGCUACGCGGAGUCCCGAGAGCGCUGAUCGGACAGGCUCGCCGGGCUGGGUACUUCUGCGGCUGCGCAGUGGCGGCCACCGCCGGCCUCUCACGAUGCUGCGCUGGCGCAGCGCGACGUCAUCACCGUGCGCUGAGUCUGCUCUAGGGAGGCUGCUCUGCCCUGUAGCGGAGGGAAAAGGACACGCGCCAGCCUUCCCUCGCGCCUUCUGCUGCCGCCAGCCCAAUCGAGAUCCUUCCGCUCCUGCCAGCGAGGGGAAAGCAAUUAUUCGCAAGGCUUGAGGGAGACUGGAGAACUCCGCCGGGGAGGAUUCGGGUCACGUGGGUGACCCAGCCGCGCUCUGCCUGCGCUGUACACAGAUGACCAGGGGAUGGCGCCAGCGGGUCGCGCCGCCCUCUGGGGUCCUUUUUGUGGUUUGGGUUGUUUUUUUUUUUUUUCUUUUUCUUCCUUACUAACUUGGGAGUCAUGAUGAGGCUUGUUUUCUCUCCCAGUUAAAGAAUUAAAGGCAAGAAAAAAAUGUGGGACAGGUUAGUCUCAGACACAGCAGACAGAAUCAACCGGUGAAGAAAGGUAUUUAUUAGGGUGAGGAAAAACACGCACACAGUGUUAGGUUUGGGGUGGAAGCCGAGGAAACUCGCUUCAGAUACAGAAGCUUAAAAUGAAAGCUUUAUUUUCUGAGCUCAGGAGGGCGGCCAGUUUGGGAUCUGAACCGUGUUCCUGAGAGGAGACUGUAUUGCAUAGUUAAAGUGUGAAAACCGCAAUUAGCUCACACGGGGAUGGGGGCGGGGGGCGAUAGCGGGAAAGGUAGUCAUCUUUGACUGAAGUUAUUUUUGCUAAUUAGACAAAGCAGUUCUAGCUGACCUUUAAUUAGUCAGGGCCAGCUGCACUUAGGCUUGGCGAAUUUCUAGGAGUAGCCAGGCGAGAGUUCGCUGAACAGAAACAUAGUUUUGGUCAACCCGACUUUGCACAGACAACUUGUCUCUAUAUCAGCAACAAGCUGAGAUGAUGUGGCUGUUAAGCCUGAAACAGAAAUGGCUAUAGUUAUGCGCACGCCUGCGUGCAACAGAGAGAUAGAUGGAGUGAUGGGUAAAGAAGGUAACUACCAGCUCUCCCUUUACUGAGAAAUGCGACAAGUUGUUCUGUAAAGCGACUUGCCAUUUGCCAGCAUGCUUUUACAUCUAAUAACCAGAGAAAUUCUAGGCCCUGACUUUAAGAUGCAGUCUCUAUGGAGGAUGAGGAGUUAAGACAGAUUCCUGAUGGGCAGGAGGAUAGGAGCCACACAGGUUGUUUGUUUGCGUGUUUGUUUUAUGGGGAAAGUUCUGGCUUUUUCAUCCUUCUGACGGAGAUGAAGGCCUGGCAACCUGGACUUGAAACAAGGCUUUUUCUCACCCAGUAGCUUCUCUUACACCCAUGCCUGUCAGGCAAGCUCGAAGCCUAAUCUGGACUAUUUAUCCAACGCUCUAGCCCAGGGACCUCCUAGGCUCUACAAGUAGCCAAGUUGCCAGGGAUAACCUUGAACUUCUGAUCCUCCUACCUAUACCUUUUAAGUCCAGUUUUAUUUCUUUGUCUAAACUGAACAGAGUUUAGAACCAGUUUUUAGAAACAGGGUCUUUGAGACUCUUGUCUCAGAGAAGGCAGACAAGGACCUACAGCAAAGUUUGUCUUCUGACCUUCACAUGGGCAUGAUAGUGCACACAUCCACCUUACAGACACAUCAAAGAUACAGUCUGGGGAGAUGGAUCAAUGGAUAAAUGAUUGCUGUACUGAGUGCAUGCUGCCUGUGGCCAGCUAAAAGGAAGGCAGGCUGGGGGGGCAUGGCUUUAACCACGGUGGUGCAGGGAAGGGGGUUGCUAGCCAGCCCUAGGUUCAGAGGGAGACCCUGCCUCAAAAGGUAAGGUAGAAAGUGAUACUGAAGAGCAACCAUGUGUAGAUGAGCACACCUACACACACAUGUAUGUACAUACAUACACCACACAUGAAUAGUCCCUAGAAAUAUGAUUUGAGCAGAGGGGACUUGUGAAACUCCAAAGGCUUUAUAGUCAUUGUGCUAUUGAAUUGUCUCUGUUAGACUCUCCAGAAACAGGUUAAGAGUGUUUGGGAUGCAAAGCUGCUUAUCAGGAUGAACACCUGAUAAAGCAAGGACGCAGGCCUGGGCCGCAGGGGAAUCCGACUGCGGGUCUACUGCAGAUGCGAUCCUUUGUCACCUGGAGUGCUUAGAAAAAGCCACACCCCUGCCAAGCAGUCUGCAAAGCUGGCUGACUGCGGAGAACUAGAAUGUUAGGUGGGAGCCAAAAUCAUCUUGGAUUCUCUUGGCCUUUUAGUCAUUCAUUACCCACCUGUGUGUGUGAUCUAACACCCCAGUAAAGAAUACACUGGUAAAUUCUUUAGAAAUAAACAAAUGCCACCAACCCAAAGGCAAAGAGUGUCAUCAAGCAACAUCUGAAACCUAGAGAUUCCUUCGCUUCGCUCUAAUCUGUCUACUUCUUCAUCAAACUGUCACCACCGUGUUGAACCAUGGAAUUUGGAGAUUGUGUUCCCAGGCCCUGCUCACUCAUAUUGGCUCCACAAUAAACCAUCUCAUCUCCCGUUUGAGACAAAAGCUGUGGUUUUGUAAGGCUAUUUUGUUUUUAAAGUUUAUUCU